AUGUCCGGUUCGAAAGAUGAAAUAAGGGGAUUUUCAAAGGGAAAGGUUGUUAAUGCACGAUGGCGAAUAGUUGGAAAAUUGGGCGAGGGUGGAAUGGGAGCUGUGUAUAAAGUGGAAGAUAAAAAUCGCAAGAAAUUUCUCGCCGCAAUGAAGGUGGAAGAUGAUGAAAUUGAAGGUGGUGUAAUAAAAUUAGAGGUGUUUAUUCUACAAAAACUACAACCGAUGAAGGAUACAAUUAGAUUAUACGAUUUUGGAAAGAGAAAAAAGUAUAGUUUCAUGGUGAUGUCUCUCCUUGGCAAAGACCUAAUGAUGCUAAAACGGAAGGCUGGAAAACAACUUUCAGAAUCAACGAUAUUAAGAGUAGCAGUUAGCACACUUUACGCUAUAAAACAGGUACACGAGAUUGGCUACGUUCAUCGCGAUAUUAAACCGGGAAAUUUUCUGAUCGGCACAGUUGGACGAGAAAAAAGAAUAAUGUAUCUGAUCGAUUUUGGGAUGGCACGUUCAUUUGUAGCAAAAGAUGAGGCCACUGGUAAAUUAGCAAUACGUAAACCUCGUGACGGUGAGCAAUUGUUCCGUGGUACCCCAAGAUAUUGUAGUGUGAAUACUCAUCACGGAAAAGAACAGGGUCGUGUUGACGACUUAUGGUCAUGGUUUUAUAUGCUUAUUGACCUAUACAUCGAUUUACCAUGGGGUGGUCUCUCAGACGAGAAGGUUAUAUGCAUACUAAAAGAAGAAUGUCCACCGAAGGGACUGAUACGAGUACGUGAAAAGACAUGCCCAGAGGAAUUUCAUAAAAUUUACCAAUAUUUGAAAACAUUAAAAUAUGAGGAUCGACCGGACUACUAUGGACUGUUCAGUGAGUGCUCAGCCGGCUUAAAACGUGUUCGUGGCUCAUUUCUUGAUCGAUACGAAUGGGAGAUCGAACCUUGUGAUGGUGUAGAUACAGCGCUCUCAGCGUCUGAAGAUGAGAUGAAGAAUCAUAAGCCAAGUCGAAGAUCGAAAAUUGCCCAGAAAACAUAUCCAUUUGCUUCCACAGCAGUUUUCAAAGAGAAUAUACUUAAACUAUAA